GACCACAUAUCGAGCUCUCAGGCACCCUGGGAUUACGGCAUGCUUCGUUUGCCUACGCCGCCCACCUUCGACGCAUCAUCAACCCCAGUCAACAAUCAACGCUACGCUUUGUACGGCGAUACAGAAUUCUGUCUGUUUAUUUGCACGCAUAUAGUCUGAGGAUUCAAGAGUCACACGUAGCGCGUUAAUUCCGCGCCUUUCGUCAUGCCUUCCGCAACGGGCCAGAACUGGGAAAAGUACCAGAAGAACUUCGCCGACGAUGAGGUAGAGGAGAAGAAAAUUACACCUCUCACCGAUGAGGAUAUCCAGGUGCUCAAGACCUACGGCGCUGCUCCGUACGGCACGUCUUUAAAGAAGCUCGAGAAGCAGAUCAAGGAAAAGCAACAGAGCGUUGACGAGAAAAUCGGCGUCAAGGAAUCCGAUACCGGUUUAGCACCACCACAUCUAUGGGAUGUCGCCGCCGAUCGCCAACGAAUGCAGGAAGAACAGCCCUUCCAGGUUGCGCGAUGCACGAAGAUCAUUGCUGACGAAAAGGGAGACGAAGCGAAGAGCAAAUAUGUUAUCAACGUCAAGCAAAUCGCCAAAUUUGUCGUUCAGCUUGGUGAGCGAGUUAGUCCUACGGAUAUCGAAGAAGGCAUGCGCGUUGGUGUGGAUAGAACCAAGUACCAGAUUAUGCUUCCUCUACCCCCGAAGAUCGAUGCCAGCGUCACAAUGAUGACAGUCGAAGAGAAGCCCGAUGUUACAUACGGCGACGUGGGUGGCUGCAAGGAACAGGUCGAGAAGCUCAGAGAGGUCGUCGAGAUGCCACUAUUAUCACCGGAACGCUUCGUCAAUCUUGGCAUCGACCCUCCCAAAGGUGCUCUUCUCUAUGGACCCCCCGGUACUGGCAAAACCCUCUGCGCCAGAGCUGUUGCCAACAGAACAGAUGCCACCUUUAUCCGCGUCAUUGGUAGUGAGCUUGUUCAGAAGUACGUCGGCGAGGGUGCUAGAAUGGUCCGCGAGCUAUUUGAGAUGGCUCGUACCAAGAAGGCCUGUAUCAUUUUCUUUGAUGAAAUCGAUGCAGUGGGUGGAGCCCGUUUUGACGACGGCGCUGGUGGGGACAACGAAGUACAAAGAACCAUGCUGGAACUGAUCACACAGCUUGACGGUUUUGACGCCAGAGGUAACAUUAAGGUCAUGUUUGCCACCAACAGACCAUCGACCCUCGAUCCCGCGCUGAUGCGUCCUGGUCGUAUCGAUCGUAAGAUCGAGUUCUCAUUGCCUGACCUCGAGGGCCGCGCCAACAUUCUACGCAUCCACGCCAAGAGCAUGUCCGUUGAGCGUGACAUCAGAUGGGAGCUAAUAUCGCGUUUAUGCCCCAAUGCUACGGGCGCAGAAUUACGCAGUGUGUGUACGGAGGCUGGCAUGUUUGCCAUUCGAGCCCGAAGAAAGGUGGCCACAGAGAAGGACUUUUUGAGCGCCGUCGACAAGGUUAUCAAGGGUAACCACAAGUUUAACUCUACGGCGACCUACAUGCAAUACAACUAAAGCGUCUUCACUUUUGUAUUUUACGUUUAAUGUACGAUCAAACAUGGGGUUUUGGACGACGGCUUGCGAUAGAUUUACGGUAGAUGUAGACGCAAUGGUAAAUCCACCCUAACUCAGGCAUCACGGCAGCUUUUUAUGUGAUAAUUAGUGAUGCUGUAUAUUGCUAUUAUUUCCAAUACUCUAACACAUAUCCGGUAUAUUUAAAAGAGGACGUGCACCUCAACGAUACAAAUGAUGAAGUUCCAAUGAAAUGCUGGCAGAUGAUCCUAAACGCUAAACAAAAACAAAGAAAGAAAAUGGCAAGAAUCAGGUACUAGAAGGAAUUUUCCCUUUACAAUACACAUCUUCCAAUACAUAAAUAUUACAAAGAGCAAAUCGUUACGUCGUAAAGUGUUCGCGCUGUCCUCAGCUAGGAACGCUCCGUGUUCGAUAAGCAACCCAAGCAGAUCACUUCUCCUUCCGCACCGCGCUCUACACAGCAGCGGCUACAAACAAAGGUUUGAUGGUCACCAGCAUUCCAACUUGUCAUGUCAGUGCUUGGAAAUGUCAGCAGCUCAUCAUCCCCUUUAUCACUGACGUGUCUAUCGAAGUUGCUGUCGCCAUCUGUAUCUUCCAUAUGGAAGAAGCGAGACAACGCCUUUUGUUCUGAUAUGAUAGAUAUGUCUUCAUCGGAUGUGUUGCGGCCGUAGCAUUGACGAAUGCAAACAAAGCAUGUACGUUGAUUGCACCCCUGGCAUUCUGCAAAGGAGUCCAGGUCUGACUUCUUUGUUGGGCGUCGGUAGCAAAUAUGGCAAGGAGACAGGUUCAUCGACAUUGUGAGGUGGUUUGAUUUCGUGUAUACGUCGGCAACAUUAUGUGGUGUUCGAUGUUGAGACGAUCGACGUCGGUGGCUGGGCGAGAAGUCUGCAUGCAGCAGGGUGCCGUCGUCAACGCCAAACUUGGUACGUUUCGAGAGCGGGAGAAUCUUGCGGCUACCACCAGAGCUAUUAAGAUACCCUGCCGACUGUAAAACAGCAAAUAUAGGGCCUUGGUAGUCGCCGUCGUGUCGCCGGCGCUUGCGUUGCGACUGGGCGUCCUGGCCCAUGAAUGGCAUGUCGUCACGCGUCCAGGUAUCCGAGAGAACAGAGAUCGUGGUGUGAGAUAGGUAGGCGGUAUUUCUAUACUCUAUCGAUUUUCCGUGUCUCCAUAGCAAGGCUCCCAGGAUACGGCAGCUAAGAAAUCAAAAGAGUGCAGGAGCUCUAGAAGAAAGAGAGGGAGGGACAACAAAUACGGGAGACACAGAGGUUGCAGCCGCCGCUAAAAAAGAUGUCGGCACAGUGGGCCCUCGCUGUGGGGACGCUGAACAGUUUCAG